AUGCUGAAGUGCAGGAGAGUGCCCGGUGCUUACGAGGGGAACUGGGUGUAUGUUUGUGUUUCUGCAGUUUGGGCCAAGGUGGACGUGACCAUGAUGGAGAACAUGGAGGUGUCCCUGGGCGACUCAGCAGAAAUCCCUUGCCAGUACUCGUUCAGUGACCAUGAGAGGCCUUCCAUCGUCCUUAUCCAGUGGUUUGUGAAGCUCCAAGGCAGCGGUGGCAAAAGACAGCGUAUCUUCUACGGCGACGACAGCCAGCAGAUGGUGGACGAGAACACGGGCUACUCCGGGCGCAUCACGGUGGCUCAGGACGAGCAGGGCUCCCUGCUGACCAUCGAGGACAUCAACCUGUCCGACGAGAGGGAGUUCUUCUGCCAGGUCAACGGCAUUGCCGCCGGCAACGGAGAGGGCAAGACUUACCUGAGGGUUUUCGAUCCACCAGAGUCUCCAGUGAUUGAGGGAGUCCUUGAUGGAAUCUCUGUGACCAAUGACCUACCUUCAAAGGUUGCAUCCUGUGAGGCCAGGAACGGCUUUCCCCGACCCAACAUCACCUGGUACCGUGACAACAUCCCACUUGUUCCAGCACAGGGCUUGGUUAAAAUAGUGACUCUGGUUACCCGCGAGUCCAAUGAUUUCUACUCAGUCCAGAGUGAGCUGCAGUACAAAGUGACCAAAGAGGACAAGGACGCCUCCUUCUCCUGCGAGGUCAGCUUCCUGGUUCCUGGCAAUGUGGAAACAGCCAGGUCCAGGGAAGUCAACAUCACUGUGCACUACCCGACAACCGUGGUGGAGCUGUGGAAGGAAUCCCCCCAGGGCCUGGUCAAAGAGGGGGACACUGUGGAGCUGCGUUGCCAGGGUGAUGGCAACCCCCCAUCACCCUUAACUUUCAUCCGAGAACAAGGUCUUGAUGAGGUGUUGGAUGUCACUGAUGACGUGCUGGUGCUGAGUGGGGUGACGCGUGCAGACAGCGGGGUGUACAAGUGUCAAACUCUGAACCUGGACUCUGUUUCGGAAGUUUCAGAUGACAUACAGCUCACGGUCCACUACCUGGACCCAGCUGUGGUCGUGCCCAAAGACUCUGAGAUCAUGUAUAAAGGAGAGAGCCUGACGGCUACCUGCAACGCCCUGUCCUCCCUGGAGACCUCCACUGUCUGGCUGAAGAAUGGGCAUCAGGUGGGCCUAGGUCACAUCCUCCUCCUGCAGGAUGUGACCUACGACACGGCGGGGGAGUACGUGUGUGAGGUGACCGUGCCCUCGCUGCCAGGCCUGCACACCACCGGCUCUGUACACAUCAUCGUCCAGGGGGCUCCUCAGGUGAAGGAUGCCGACAGGGAGGAGGCGAUGGACGAGGCUGUGGGGAAGCUGGUCAACCUGAGCUGUGAGGCCCACGGAUUCCCUCUGCCCUCCAUCACCUGGCACAUCCCUGGCAACCAGUUCACGGAGGUGCUCUCCAGGAAGACGGACCACAGCGCUCACAGCGUGGUGUCUUUCAAAGUGACCUCUGACAUCAUAGCCCUGUGCAACGCCACCAGUGACAUGGGCACCGAGAUGAAGUCAUUCAGCAUCAAAUCCAUUCCCAUGGUCACAUCAACUGCUCCCUACUCUCCUGCUGAGGGCAGUGGGGUGAUCAUCGUGGUCAUCAUCAUCUGCAUCCUGUUGCUUGCCAUCCUGGUCAGUGUUCUGUACUUCCUCCACAAGAAGGGAAAGAUCCCGUGUGGGCGCUCAGGCAAGCAGGAGAUCACCAAGGAGAACACCACCAAAGAUGACAUUGUCGUGGAGAUGAAGACCGACGCCAAGACUGAGGAGGCCGUCCUGUUGAAGGGCGUCAACGGUGACAAGAAGGGUCCCAGCGACCAGUACAUGGACCUGCGGAAGUGACACAUGCAGAGGGCCGAGCUCUGACCAGGCCAGCUGAAGAUCCGUGUGCAUCCCACCCGUGUCAGCUCAGACGAGCCCAGGCUGGAGGCCGGAACUCGCCUUCACAAUCACUUCUCAAACCACCAUUCGCUUUUUCUACAUUUGUGUUCAGCAGUAUUCACCAUAUCCGGCCAGAUCAACACAGAAGCAUAUACACACACACACACACGGCAUAUUUCCAAGGUGUUUAGUAGAAGCUGGAGGAUCUUUUGAAUCAUUAAGGUUUAUUAUAUUUGUUCAGUUGUGCUCCCCAAAGCCUUCUUUUUUAAGUCUCUCUUUUGCUGUUACCAUGGCAACAACGAUCAUAAACAGUGCAUUCUAAACUUUAUAAAGUGUAUAUAUUAUAUAUAUUUAGUUAUUUAAGGUAUUUUGACGCGUAACAUUUCCAUUUCCACACUCCGUCUAGUAAAUGUCAUUGGAGCCAUUAGCUUUAGCUUUUCAUCAGUGUUAUCAUCCAGACAUCUGUUCUUCCCAUUCACCUAAGCCCAACUUUCAGAAAGAGCCUGAAUUUUUUCUAACUGAUUCGUUUUCAACCUUUGAAGCUGCCCCUGUGCUGGCUGCGUCUUGUCAGUGGGAGCAGAGAAAGCUUACUGCCCACAUUGCUCCUCACUGUGAUGGGGGCAAGCCAGAUUUAUCUAAAUCCCUAAAUCUUUCUUAGUCUCUCCGGGAGUAGUCACGCACCACUGAAGAGACAGAAUACUCUAGGCUGGAUUUUUCCUACAUUCGGGUUAAAUGUCGGGUUCAAAUCUGUUUUCAAUAAAUGUUCUAUGAAAAUGUAAUCUGGUAUUGUUUGCAUUGAUGCAUAUCAGGCUGUCUUCACUUGACUCCUUUGUGCUUGAGUAAAACACUGUAGCCCCUCUGGUCCACAGAUAUCAACAUGAUAGAAUCCUUUAUUGUUUGUGUAUGACAAAUUCCCUAUUAUAAUUGUUUAGAUUGCAGCUCUGGGAGGUGUACAGAUUUGGACAUCUUUUGUAGAGCGUGCGAAGUAUUGUCAACAUGUCACUCCCAUGCCAUCGGACUGCCAAGUUACCCUACUUUAGGGAGAUUCGAAGUUUCUACAGCAGGUCAGAUGCGUUGGCGUGUGGUUGAGUGGUUCAACUUGUUCUAAAGAACCUCCUGAACACAUGGACUGUGUCUCAGUCGUGUAAACUUGCUUCCUCCACUCCACUGGUCUCCUGUUUCUCAUCUGUGCUUAUCUGACUCAUCUAACAUUGGCUCGAAAAAAAAGACUGUUGAAAGUCUGUCCGAUGCCCAGACAAGGUCAGUUUAUACGUGGAGACAAGAAAUUGAAAUCACUUUGAACGUUUUCAUGGAAAAUGGAGAACCUAAACUUUGCCAAUGGGCCUCAAAAUUUCAUAGCAAAAAUGGUUCUAAUUGGUUGAAUUAUUUUUGUGAACUACUGUCGAGCUCUUGUACUGUCUGUAAAUAAUCGUAGCAUAAGAUACUGUUUGUAGCCGUGGCCUUGGAUUGUCUCUUUUUGAAACGGCUAACUGUUUUAUAAUCUGCGGUGCCUGUGGAAAUCUGUUGUCUCACUUGGAAAAUGUAAGAUACACUGAAAUUCUUUUUUUCUUUCUGGUUUGUGCCAUGUAUAUCUUUUUGUGUUUGUGGGGGGUAUGGGGGGUGGGGGGGUGACUUAAGGGUAUUUUUUGCGUGUGAUCUUAUUUUGGAUGCUUUCAGUACAGGUCGUGGGCAGAGAUACUAUCAGUGCAAGCUGCCACUCCCUUAGCCCAGUGACUUUGAUCAUAAACAGAAAGGUUGUAUGUUACUGAAAGUAUUAUUUUGACUUUAAACUUGCAUAAAGAGGGAUGUAAAACUGUGUGAAGAUGGCCAGCAAGGAAUCAAGAGGAUUAAGUAUGGUUGUUGUGUGUAGUAAUAGACAUCCAUUUUGUUCCGCCAUACCCCACUGAGUUCAGAUAGUGGACUUCUGUGUCUGCAACAAACACUGUCCCGUGAAACAACUGUGUGCCUUUUGUGUUCAUUCCAGUUUAGUUGAGAUUCCUUCUAGAGUAGUAUUGUUGAGCUGAUGAAGGCAGUGAAGAGAGUAUACGUGUGAAGGUAUAGUAGGAUUAUGUUUGGACCCUCGUUGAAUUUAGUGGAACUCAUUUGUUUUUGUGUCAACGGUGUCUCGUCACCAAGGGUCAAAUGCCACCAACUGCUCAGUAGGUUCAGAAAACCCAAGAUUGGAACCUGCCUCCUCCCCCUGCAGCAAUCUCUUUGAUCGAUUGAUACACUAUCAUUUUUGUUUAUGGUUUAUUUACCGGUAGAUAGAAAUGUUUGGACCUGCACAGUUGAGCAAUGUUUUGUUUUGUUUUUUUGCAAAUGUGUGUAAAUUAAAUGUUUCUUGUGAUUUGAUGCUUGCAUUUUUUAUAAGUCUUUUUUUUCUGCAAGAAAAUAAUGCCAAAUAAAAAAAUGUUCCUUUGGAAAUUAA